AAACUCAAUCGAAAGAAACGUUUUUCAUCUACUCCAGGUUAUAUUGACAAUAAAAAUGGAAAGUAGCGACAGUGAAUGUUGCACGCCGCCGGAAAUUCGAAAAGAAGCAGAGGAAAUGAGCAGCGAUUUAUUACCUAAGAAAUCGAAAAACACAUACGAAGACGCGUACAAAAAGUUCGUUCAGUGGAAAGAGUCAAACAACGCAAUCACAUCGGAAAAUUGUUUGAAGGUUUAUUUCAAGGAUUUAAUUAAAAAUUACAAACCAUCCACCAUUUGGUCAAUUUAUUCCAAAUUAAAAAGUACGAUUCAAAUUAACAAAAAAAUUUCAAUUCAUAAUUAUAAGGAAUUAUCUGCACUACUCAGUCAAAACUCUCGAGGCUACAAAUCGAAAAAAGCAAAAGUUUUCUCUACUGCUGAAAUCAACUUAUUUUUGGAAACUGCGCCAGAUGAAAUGUAUCUAGCAGCAAAGGUUGUUCUGAUUUUUGGUCUCAGUGGAUGUUGCCGGAAGCAAGAAAUUUAUUCAAUUAAAAUGGGUGACAUAAAAAAACAAGGAGAGCUUCUCGAAGUGAUCAUCCCUGAUACAAAGAACAAUGUUCCCAGGCGAUUUGUUGUUGAUCCUAAAUUUGUACCAGUCAUUGAGAAAUAUAUAGCCCUUCGUCCUUUAAACGUACCGAGAGAAAAUUUUUUCCUGCAGUAUCACAAUGGAAAAUGCAGUGUACAAGUGAUUGGAAUUAAUACUGUAGGAAAAAUUCCUAAAUUAAUUGCACAAUUUUUAAAGUUAGAGAAUGCAGGAGAAUAUACAGGGCAUUCGUUUAGGAGAACAUCUGCUACAAUUUAUGCAGAUACAGGAGUUUCUACAAUGGAUUUGCAGCGCCUUGGAGGGUGGAAAUCCGCAGGAGUGGCUCAAGGAUAUGUAGAAGAUUCCACAGAGUAUAAAAAACAGACUGCUAAGAGAAUUUCCAAUGCCAUAAUUGGUGGUCAAAAUGAUAAUAAUUCUGAGAAUACUGCUCCCUCGAAAAAACUUCGCAUUUCUAAUUCUGAAAACUUUAAUCUGGGAGUAAACAAUCCUUCGCCAGGAAAAAUUGUGAUUGAAAAUUGUACCAAUGUUACUAUUACUUAUAAUAAGUAACAUUUUUUGUUUACAGUAUUAAAGUUAAAUUUAAGUUUUAAAAAUUGUGAUGUGUAAUAUUAAGAUGAAGACUGAUUUGCCAAUUAAUAUUACCAAACGUUAAAGCUUUAAUUAAUAAUUAAAAAAUUAU